GGUGUAGUCGUAUGUUCGGCCCGCGGCAAGGGUCCUUUCAGAGGAGUCAGCGUCUUGGACCCAAACGAUAAACGCAGGACAUACUCAUGGCUGCACCUGUAGCUCAGGAAGAGCUUCCCAUCCUCGAGGCUGUCAUCAACAUUCGAAAUCGCCUCACCGCAUUGAAAAGAGACCGUGGUGAAUAUAUCAAGCCAUCUGAUGUCAAUGCCCUUUACCAGGCUGUCGUCAAACAAGUGACAAAGUUAAAUGACGUUCGAGACGACAACACUACAUACAACAAUCGUGUUGAUACAACUUUAGCUGAUGUAUUCAGCCUCCUAUCGUUAUGUUACCUCACCUUGGGACGUACAAAGGAAUGUCCUGCGGUGUAUUCCCAAAUAGCUUCAAUGCGGCAAAUCCUCAAUCAUAUGAAUGAAUCUGCUGUAUACAACGAGUCGGAUCUUGCCCCGUUUCAUCGGCGAUUGCACGAGCUUCGACAAAUAGUCCAGCAUGAUGCCGAGAGCGGUAAGCACCCGGAAGCAAUGACUAAACUUCUCGAGCGCCAGUUCAACGAAUGCGAUGCUAUCGUGGAGUCACUACAAGAGUCGCUAUCUGUGCUCUCGGUCGAACUCAUUCCCAUUCACGAGCGUCUAGUCACAGUUCGACGUCAACUUGUUGCUCUUGCUGCAAAGGAGGGUUCCCACAAAGCUGAACUCAAGCCGCUGCACGAAGAACUCCGCAAGAUAGAUUCUAAACGCGUUGACGGCAAAUUUUUGGGUCCCGGAGGCAUCGUACCGGCUUCACAGGCUCUUUGUUCAUCACUUUUGGAGGAGUGCUUUGAUAUCCUACAAGAGAUCAAAGCGCAAGAAGAAUCCAAGAACGUAGCAUUUUCUUUGAAGGCAAUCUAUGACCGUCUGAGCGGAAUUCGAGCAGAGCUGGAGAAUUUGGUCCUCACCCAUCGUUGGAGUCUCAGAGAGACAGAUUUGUGGAAUUAUUCUCUAAGCUUACAAGAAAUUGACAAGAUGAGAAUUGAUGGAAAGUUCGUGGACUCGGAAGGCAAUCGUCCGCCAGGACAAUAUGUUCUGCUCUACCUUCUGAGACGAUGUUACGGUCUUAUUUAUCGACUGCUAUCAUCCAGUGAGCCUGUUUCGGAAGAGCUCAUGCCGGUGGCAAAUAAACUGUCAACUGUAAAGAAAUGUUUGAACGAGGUACUCAAAUAUGGCGGCCCAUUCAGUCCCCGUGAUCUUUACCCGUAUCAACUUGCUCUGCAUCAGAUUGAUUCUAUGCGUAAAGAAGGGAAGUUUGUUGGGGUAGACGGUAGUAUACCGGAAGGACAGGGAAUUGUUAUGGCCCACCUGAAUGAAUGUCAUGAACUCUUGGAGAUGCUCAAAGAGUCGAUGGACGAAGGCGAAGAAGACGAUGAUGAAUACUUCGAAGACGAAGACGAGUAUGCGAUUGAAGAAUGACAUUAGAACCCCUCUAAUCCCGAUGGUGUGCUUUUUCUUCGGGCUCAGGCUCGAGUUCAUUUCGCUCGACAUUAUAGUCUAUUGACUCAUAGCAGUUACCAUUUGUACAAAUAAGCAUGUAACUCCAUCGUUUUUUUAGUCUCGUGCAGGGAGAGUACGUGACUCUGUGUGUCAAGUGCUGUAAUUACAGUAAGAGUUGUCUAGCUGCCAUGAAACGAUAAUCGCCCGGUGCUACUGCACACUGAUCACU